AUGGAGCUGUGCACACAAACCGUUCCAGCGGAUCAUGAGGUUGAAAUAACACGCCGCGUUGGCAGUCAUCAUCCUACUGUCUGGGGAGACCAUUUUCUUGCCUAUGCUAAUCUCUCGGGAGCCAGUGAGGAGGAAGAGAAGCAACAUGAAGACCUAAAAGAAGAAGUGAGAAAGAUGCUAGUGAUGGCUCCUUCAAAUGCUUUGGAAAAACUUGAACUCAUCAACACAAUCCAAUGUCUUGGUGUAGCUUAUCAUUUUGAACAUGAGAUUGAGAGUUACAUGUGCACUCAUUAUGAAGAAUAUUGGAUUGAUGACCUUCAUGCUAUUGCUCUAUGCUUCCGAUUACUUAGGCAACAAGGUUAUCGUGUCUCAUGUGAUGCUUAUAAGAAGUUCACUGACGAUCAAGGAAAGAUCAACGACGUGCAUGGAAUGUUAAGCUUAUAUGAGGCAGCACAAUUCAGAGUACACGGUGAAGAAAUUCUGGAUGAAGCACUGAAUUUCACCACUACUCAAUUGAAACUAAUUUUGCCUAAAUUGAGCAACUCCCCACUUGCACAACAAGUUGCUAACGCACUCAAGUUUCCAAUAAAAGAUGGUAUUGUGAGGGUAGAAGCAAGGAAAUACAUAUCAUUUUACCAACAAAAUCAAAAUCACAAUCAACUCUUACUAAACUUUGCCAAAUUAGACUUCAAUAUCUUGCAAAUGUUACAUAAAAAAGAGCUAUGUGAUAUCACAAGGUGGUGGAAAGAAUUGGAAAUAGUGAAGACAUUACCUUAUGUAAGAGAUAGAUUGGCUGAGGUUUACUUCUGGAGUUUAGGUGUCUACUUUGAACCUCAGUAUAGCACUGCUAGGAAGAUAUUAACAAAAAACAUAUCCAUGAUUUCUCUUAUUGAUGACACAUAUGAUAUUUAUGGGACACUAGAUGAACUUACUCUAUUCACAGAGGCAAUUGAAAGGUGGAAUAUUGAUGCUUCCCAACAAUUACAAUUACCAUCAUAUAUGAAGAUUAUUUAUUGUGGUCUUCUAGAUGUUUACGAUGAAAUUAAGAAAGACUUGGCAAAUGAAAACAAGUCAUUUCUAAUCAACUAUUCCAUAAUAGAGAUGAAAAAGAUGGUGAUGGCUUACUUUCAAGAGGCAAAAUGGUAUUAUGGUAAGACAAUACCAAAAAUGGAAGAAUACAUGAAGAGUGGAAUUUCAACAAGUGCUUAUGUACAAGUAGCAACUACUUCAUGGUUAGGCAUGGGAAAUGUAGCAACUAAAGAUUCAUUUGAUUGGAUAGUAAAUGAACCUCCAAUACUUGUUGCUUCUUCUAUCAUUGCAAGACUACUCAAUGAUCUUUUAUCACAUGAGGAAGAGCAAAAACGAGGAGAUGCACCUUCUGGUGUCGAAUGUUAUAUGAAAGAAUAUGGCGUUACAAAGGAGGAAGCACACAUAAAAAUAAGAAAUACAAUAGAAAACUCCUGGAAGGAUUUAUAUGAAGAAUACUUCAAAGUGAAUGGGACUAUUAUACCAAGGGUUUUGCUCAUGUGUAUAAUUAAUCUAGCAAGAGUAAUUGAGUUCAUAUAUAAAGAUGAAGAUGCUUAUACUUUUCCCAAAAAUAACUUGAAAGAUGUUAUUUAUAGGAUACUUAUUGAUCCUAUUAUAUAG